CAAGGGGCACGCCCCCUGGGAGGGCAAACAAGACUUUCCGCUGCCCGCCAACUAUUAAGCAAUUCAUUUACUUUCAGUCUGUUGCUUUUGUGUUGCCAAAAUGCCGGAUAGUUGUUGUGCUAUCGGAUGCACUAAUCGAAGAGGAGGCAAGCCUGGGCUGUGUUUCUAUAGAAUUCCGUCCGAUAAAGAAAACCCAGAGAGGAGGAGAUUGUGGAUUUGCGCCAUUAUUAAACGUAACGUUACCUCACACUCCGGGGAGGGCAAACAAUGGCAGCCGUCCAAAUAUACACGUAUUUGCAGCGAGCACUUCAUCAAAGGUCAACCUGCAUAUGAGAUGAUGGAGACUGACCCAGACUGGGCACCCUCCCUCCAUCUGGGUCACACAGAAAUCACUCGCACGAACACUGCACGCUCUGCAAGGCGAAGGAAGAGGGAGCAAAGAAAAAACACACUGCAGCCAGCUGAAGUCGAUGAGCAACACACUGUGGAUGAGACACACAAGGCUGAAGGAGGCGGUGCCAAAUCUGAUGACCCGUUGUCCCCUGACUGGGUACCAUCCAUCUUUACACACACACCAGCCAUCAAGAAGAGGAAAAGAGAGAAAGACAUGGAGAGGUAUGAGCAGCACAACCGAAUGAAGAACAAGAGGGUGGAGGAGAAGAAGAAGCCAGAUGCAGUGGAUGUCCUCCUAGAACUGUCAUCAGAGCCUCAUGCUGAGCUGGCACCACUUGAGGAGGAAGAACAACAGUGUGCCAACAGACUAUGUAGGGAAAAUAUUGAAAGAUUACAAAAGGAAUGUAAUGAGCUCAGGGAGGAAAACCAAAGGUUGCGCUCAUCCAAUGUAAAGUGGAUGUAAAUACCUGAGAGAGUGUGGUGUGUUGUUGGUUGGCAGUAGCGGUUCUAGGCACGGGCGAACCGGGCUGCCCGGGGUGGCAUGAAGAGAGGGGCGGCAUUUUUGUGUUUGGCCCAGAAAACACAGCAAAAAAGGGCCUUGCCCGGGGUGCCAAAUAUGCUAGGACCACCACUGUUGGUUGGGGCCUUGGAGGCCACAGGGUAGCACAGUUUCUUCAGCAGGGAGACAGCUGGUUCCUCAAGACUUGUGUGACAGGCAGCUCUAAUGUUUGAUGCAGUCACCCUUCCUGCCUUCUGGUCAAACCACAUGGCACAUUUUGAUUGAAGUCCUGUCUCAAAUCAAAUGUAUUUGUAUAGCCCUUUUUACACGCAAGCAUGUCACAGAGGGCUUCACAUAUGCCCAUAGAACUGCCCCUCAACCAACCUAAACCCUCAAGGAAGACAAGGAAAAACUCUCAACAGGAGAAAAAAAAAAUGGAAGAAACCUUGGGAGGAGCAAUUCAGAGAGGGAUCCCCUCCUCCAGAGACGGUUGGUGGGAGAGAGGAGCAGAACACAGGCUAAACAUAGUCAUACAGUGUCGAUGGGUUUUUAAAACACCAAAAUCCAUUAUUCAACUUUAUAGAUGUAGGACAGGACCGGGAGACUCGCGACCAGGUCCAGCGUUGGCUGACCGACGACCAGGCAGGUGCUGACAACUCAAACCCCCCACACCACAAGGGAUGUGUGUGGGGGGGGGACAGAGAGAGGAGAGCAGGGAUUAGAGAAUGACAGGAGCAGCUAACAGUUACAGUCAUAAUAGAAUGAGAUCCCCACCGGUCAAGUGUGGACUGGUGCAGCAAUUUAACAGAGCAAAAAAGGGGAAUUUGAUGCAACCCCACACACCAAGACAGCGACAGCCCCCCUUCAUUUGGAACAUGAAAUCUGUUCCAGGGGAAGAGAACUCUAAAAUAAGUUAUACUUAAAGAAUAAGGAUGGAAACAACCCGUCCCCCGUUGCCUCCAACUAGUAACAUACUUACCUUUAACAGUCGUAGAAUUGACUAAACAAUAACGUUUUUAACCUAAUUUUAAACGUCGAAACAGUAUCAGACUCCCUAAUUGAGACGGGUAGUUUAUUCCAGAGAAGAGGCGCUCUAUAUGAGAACGCCCUACCUCCAGCUGUUUUUUUCUUAAUUUUGGGAACCACCAGAUAGCCGGCAUCUUGAGAUCUAAGUGUCCUUGCGGGGCAAUAGGGUGCAAGGAGACCGGAGAGGUACAGUAGUGCCAAUCCAUGCAGAGAUUUGUAGGUUAGUAGUAGAACUUUGAAGUCAGCUCUGGCUUGGAUAGGGAGCCAGUCUAGAGAGACGAGUAGAUGUUAUUUGAUCAAACUUUCUUGUUCUGGUCAAUAGUCUAGCAGCAGCAUUUUGCACCCGCUGUAAAUUUUUUAGGUGGGUAAUUGGGAGGCCAGAGAACAACACAUUGCAAUAGUCCAAUCGGGACGUAACAAAUGCAUGUACUAGUUUUUCGGCAUCAUCCUUUGAGAUACAUUUCCGUAUUUUGUCAAUAUUACGUAGAUGGAAAAAUGCAGUUCUAGUAAUUUGCUUAAUAUGGUACUCAAACGAAAGGUCUGGGUCCAUUGUGACUCCUAAAUUUUUUACUAGCUGGUUUUGAGACUUUGACGCCGUCUAGGUCUAAGGUCAGAUUGGAAAAAUUAUUUCUAUAUUUUUUAGGACCGAAAAUUUGAACCUCGUUUUUAUCCGAAUUUAGAAGAAGGAAAUUUGCAGUCAUCCAAGCUCGCAACCUAGAAACACAUUUUUCCAUAGCAUGUGGAAAUUCUCCAGACUUUAUAGACAUAUAUAGCUGAGUAUCAUCUGCAUAACAGUGAAAAUUUACCCCAGAGCUUCUAAUUAUGUUUCCUAAAGGCAGCAUAUAGAGAGAAAAUAACAGAGGGCCUAGAACUGAACCCUGUGGUACUCCGUAUUUUACAGUGGAGCUCCUGGAUGAGCAGCCAUCAUAGUGGACAUAUUGUGAUCUGUCACCCUUUCUAUUGCAUGACAACUGAGUUAACAAGUUUGUAAUAUGUGACAAAUGUAAACAAUAUUAAAUUAACGUUUAUUCAAAACAUUAGGAAAUGACAGUAUUGGAUUCUGUGUAUAACUUUUCUACACUUGUGCUAUUCCUGACAUUCCUAUCUUCAAUCAUAUUUACUGAUUGACCUGUUCUUCUGGUAUGCUUAACCUUGUAAAGACCUCUUCACUAUUUGCCUGCAGCUCUUGGUGUGACAGUGACCUGUACUCAGGCUUGUAGAUUUUGCUUAGGGGUGCAGGGAUGUUCAGUUGGACGGCCCGCCGAGGUAUCUCUUUGCAUGGCCAGGGACAACAGACAAAAUUUAGCUUUUGACAGGUUGAUAUUCAGUGUCUUCAGAUAGAUGUAGCAUUUUGUAGAACGAUGUGCAUUCAUCUGGGGUUGGAGGUGGAAACUUGGCAGGGGGGGAGGGGGAGGACACCACACCCAUCAACAGAUCUCUUUCUCUGGGCCUUUGUGAAAGCUAUCUGGCUCCCUGGUGCAUACAUACCCUCCUUUCCUGAUGACUGCCAUACUAGGCUCAUUCCAGACACAGGCUUCAUCUGUGCAUGCAGUGCCACUCAGUUUGUUCACAGCUGCUAGCAAAGUGUAGAAUAUGGCACCUACAUGUAAACAAACUUCUCCUAAACCUGCCAUACAGGUGCAGUGGCCAAAUCGCACCAAUCCCUCCUUCUCCAAUGCAAACCCAGGCUGUUAGUGGAGGGUCAUUUAAACUGUAGGAAUGGUUUACCUGACAUUUGAAAACAAGGUUUGAUUAGAUUUAAGUCAUAUUAUAUGAUGUCACCUAACACAAUAAUAACCGAAUUCAGUGAUGUGGAAUGAGAUCGGGAGCUUGGUGAACUAGCUUACCAGUAACUUGGUUGUUGGACUCGCUAGCUUGUGUUAAUUAGCCUAUUCAGCCUCCCAGGUAUGUUCUUGUGCUUUUGUGUAUCUGAAUAAUUUUGCCUUUCCAGAUUAAAUGUCUGUUCUUGGAUUGUGACAUUAAUUUCUAAAUAAAUGCGAUUUAUA